AUGCAGACUAAUAGUUUUUGCAGAAGCUUAUUCGACUACCUCCGCAAUGGCUUUGUCCCUUCCAAGACUGUCCUCUUCAUCUCGGGUUUAGUUUUUAGCCAUGCCUUGGUACAAAAGGCAGUGGUGGACGUUUUGAUAGAUUUUCUCACAGAAGAUCUUUGUCUCGGCCUAACGAGAGCUAUUGUGCUUACGAACAUGCUAUCCUUCAUAUCAGCUGUGCUCAAAGUUGUUGUUACUCACAUAUCAGAAGGUUACACGGGUGCUUUCAUUGUCAUUAUCUUCUGCACCGCGGCCUAUACCAUGGGUGUGAUGCUACUAUGGUUUCGCACUGGGUUGAUUUUAGCAACAGUACUUAUUGCGUUAGGCAAAGCAGGGGAGGAGCCAUCUUUAAGAGAUUUUUUUUACCAUCAGCUGAGUGAAAAGGUGAGGAAAAAGUACUCACAAGAAAAUAAUCGCAAUGGAACUAGUAAUAAUCUUUGGAGUACUACUGCUUCCUUCACCGGCACUUGUAUGGCUAUCUUUUGGCUAGACAAAAGUGAAGUUGAAUGGCGGGAAAAGUUCAAAGUUUCGUCUCUUGUUAUGGGAAGUACGUAUUUCUUAUUCUUCUUCGGGAUUUUCUGCUACUACCCUGAAGUAAGGUCCAUAGGAAGCCCUCUUACUGCCAUUUAUAGGGUUUUCAUGGCAGCUAUUCAGAAACGUGGAUUGCCAUAUCCAUCCUUAAAAGAGGGUUAUUACUCCGAUGAUAAUAAUACCCACCAAGGUUCAAAUGAGUUAGAAGAAAGACCCACCAACAGCACUCUAAUUACCACCAUUUCUAGGGUGUUUGAGGCAGCUAUUCAAAAAAGUAGAAUAUUGCCAUACCUUUCUCCAAAAGAGAGUUAUUCCUCCAACAGUUCAGAUAAUUUGGAAGAUCCCUUUUAUCGUAAAGAAAACGGUGAUGUUCACUUGUUGCCACGUGAUGCAUCAUUCUUAUUGUUCUUGGACAAGGCCGCCAUAAUUAGAAGCAACAAAUUCGAUACUCAAGGUCAUAAAGGGAGAGAUGAUAAUGUUUGUACGGCGGAGCAAGUGAGGGACGUGAAGAGCCUUUAUCCUUUAAUACCCUUGGGGAUCUUCGUCUUCUUCGCCUACAGCUUGAUUUUUGCUUCUGGUGACACUUACUUUGUCAUGCAAGCACAAAACUUGAACCCUAAAGUUGGUGAUUUCCAUGUUUCUGUAUUGCUUUUCUUCGUACUCCAAUCCUUGGUCGCUUUCGCUGUGAGAACAAUUCAGCCGAUCAGAAAACUGGUGAAACCAACUUGGAGUAUUGGUAUUGGGAUGUUUUGUUCAGUACUUUGUUGUAUUGCGGCUGCGCUAGUGGAACUUCGUAGGCUGAAGCUGAUCAAACCUGCUUUUAAAGAAGACCCGAGCCAUAUCAUUCCCUUAAGCAUCAUGGUUUUGACUGCACAGUAUUUUCUGCUAGGGCUAAUGCAAGGAUGUGCAGAAUAUGGACUGGGGGCUUUCCUGUGUAUUGGGGUGCCUAAGUCAAUGAUGAAAUUUGUAGAACCGUGCGUUGAAAUGCUGUGGGGGCUUGGUAAUUUAUGCAGCGCACUAUUUGUAUUGAUUUUUCAUAGCUGGAUCAAGGACUCCAUAAACGAUAGUCACCUGGAUAAGUAUUUUUUCAUGUUGGCAUCAGUAAGCUUCGUGUCCUUUGGGAUUUAUGUAUGUUGUGCCAAGUUCAAGCUACUAAAAUUACUCCAGUUUGAUGAACCUUCACUACCUUCCCAAGGCAAUAUUGGAAGGAUGACGGGUGUUCAGCUGGAAGUUCUGGCGCAUUAUAUCAGCAGUUAA